AUGGCCAGCCUCCAGGAUAUCAUGAACGUCGAUGAGGACCAACUCGACUCCCAUACCAAUAAGAAGGACCAGCUCCCGGCUUCGUCAAGCAUAUAUCACCAACCCUAUCUGGCACCCAGUCCAACAUACAACUCGGGUUAUGCGACAGGCGGAGAACAACCAGACAGUCUAACGACAACGAAGAAACGCAGUCCAUCAUCACGGGCCACCAAAUCUUCUACCAGUCCGUCGUCUUCGUCCGGCCGGCCUACUACUACUCGUCGACGAAGCAACGUUAGUCCCGAAACCAUGGAUCCGUCAAGCUACGCACACGGUUAUGCCGGCCCAUCAUCUGGCGCAUAUGACCCUUCUGUUCCGCCCACGAGGCCAUUCAGUCACUCGCCGUCCGGAUCAGAAAUGCCCGUCAAACUGACUCCCAUCACCGGAAGGGUCAGUCGGGCAAAGAAGGGUAUGAAAGUCCAUACUUGCGAUAUCUGCCGUCCUCCUAAGACUUUUACUCGCGCGGAACACCUGAGGCGACACCAGCUCAGUCACGACACCCCACAGUACGCGUGCUCUGUGCCAGGAUGCGACAGGGCGUUUCAUCGCAAGGAUUUACUUGAGCGCCAUCAACAACGACACGAGCUGGAAGGAGACAGGGCAUCGAGAAGUGGAGGUGCAAGCCAGAGCCGACGAACGUCUGCCGGCUCUCUGGAAGGUGGUGUACGGGCCCUGGGACUUCAACCACCUGUGCUUGGAUACCCAACAAACACUUCAACUCCGAAUUCAAACCUUCCGAUGACGCCGAACAUUUCGAAUUCGGGCCCUUAUCAAUCAAUUAGUGCACCUGACGUGGGAAAGUCAUUGUCUCCUCAUAUGGGCAACGACUACCGCCCUUCAUCCGGUGGUCCUGGCUACGGCGGGGGUUACACCUUGUCUGGCCAGUCGCAGCAACCCAUCCUUCAGCAUUCGCCCAACCACGGCUAUGAUACCACCCCGACUUUCUCUACCGUCGACUACAGCAGCCAGCCUCGCACGACACCUGAGUUUCCCCCAUUAUACCUGCAGACUCACGGGCUCGGCAUUCAACUGCCUGCAUCGGACGGUCCGCCGGAGCUCUCUCAUACUCAGGACAACGCUGGAUGGCAGUCUUCCGCUUCCGACAGCACUUACUCUACACCUUCUGACAACUCGCGUCGCAAUGCGCUUUGGCCGACAGCAAGAGCCAAUACUGAAUGGCAAAGUAACCUUCUUCCGCCAUACAGAGACGCCAACCUCGAUGCCAUCGCGACAACAACUCCAAUGUUCUACCAGUUCUCGACUUCACCGCAAAUAAACGCCAACCAAGUAUUCCCGAUACUUGACGUAUCCAUGUCUGGCUUCUCAGAUGAGCACACGCUCCUCGACCCCCACCAACAAUCACGGUUUGCCAAUACUGUUCGUAGCCCGACCCCGCCGGUGACAUCGGCAUCGGCUCAAUCUUCUGAAACUCUAGUCACUCCGUCGACGGCACUACCAUCAGACCGGAUGAUGAACUCACUAGCUUGCUUGGGCCGCCAGAAAGAGGUGGCGUUGGGCCUCCUGGCGGCCCCAACCCUGAUGCAAGGCUCUCUGCCUCUGCCUCCUGCAAAUGUAUACAAAGCCAUCCCCAACUACCUUGAGGUCUACUGGGAAAAGGUUCACCACGUUUUUCCUAUCGUACAUCGAAGGACCUUCGAGGCCGCGGCGGAGCAGGUUGACGUGCUCCGCUGUGCCAUGGCUGCAGUGGCUACUCAGUAUAUGAGUGCCAAAGAGGAUCGCAUCAGGGGGAGUCAAUUGCAUGAGUAUGCUUGGCAACAAUCCAGGCGCGAUCUACAGUUCCUCCAAUGGGAUGUGCCUGUCAUGCAAUCGAUUUUGCUGUGUGAGUUCUUCGCCCGCUUCCGCGGUAGACGAGCGGCCAUUAGGCCAUCUAAAGAAUUCGAAUCGAUUUACUCUAGAGUAUCCGACAACUCGGUCAUCUUCGGCACGGUGCCCAUGACUGGUCCCAACACCGUCAGAUGGCACACUUGGCUCGACAUGGAGACCCGCCGCCGGCUCCUCGCUGCCUGCUUCGUGCUGGACAGCCACACCUCGGUCUACCUGGAGCAACAACGCGUCCGUGACUUCGAUAUUGCAGCCAGCGGCAUCCCCCCAAUUCCACUCACCGGCCCGACUAACGACCUCUGGGAAGCGGCAAGCGCGGACGCCUGGUCUGCCAUGGUCGCUUCCAAGGGUGAUACUUCUAACGAACAAUCCCUUUUGUCGCUCAUCAACCCAGAUACCCUAUCUUCAACAAGCAUCAACGCCCAUGUCCCCUUCGACCGGUCUAUCAUCCUGGCAUUCGAGUCACUUCUCCUGCCCACCCGAGACGAAACAGAGAAGGUGUCCCUCGAGGUGACAGAGCCCGAAACCUAUCGCAUGGCCAACAUCUUCCCCGAAUGCCCAGUCGCAAAUACCUAUCUUGCCCUCCACCACACUCCCCUCCAUGACCUUCUCGCGGUCUCUGGUGACUCCUGGAUCUUCAGCCAAAAGGUACUCCAGCCAAAGUCCUUUGCAGAGCACCAGAAGCGCCUCAGCAAAUGGUGCGAUUCCCGUGACGCUGCCGUUGCGGUUGUGUUUGCUUGCCGUGCCCUCCGCGCCUUCACGGAGCAUGGCAAUGCGGACGAAGAUUGCGACGAGGAUGAGGAGAUGGAUGUCUGGGAGAUGGGCCGCCCGAGGAUGUGGAAGGACGACAUCUCAGAUUACUGGGGCAUGUACGUUUGCGCGCUGAUCUGCUGGGCCUAUGGACAUCGGACCAACCGCAGUCAAGAAAACGGCUACAAUACAAGCAACGAAGCAGGCGACGAGAGUUCUGCGCUACGAUGGAUGCGCACUGUCGCUAGUAUGCGCGCCAAGGACGUCCUCAAGCUCCGGUCCAAGAAGGAUGCUAUCACCGUUGUGACGCUGGUUCGAAGAUGGCUUGACAUGGACUGCAUCGGCGGGCGCAGUCGACUCUACGUUGAUGCCGUUGGUGUUUUGAAGAAGCUAGAGGAGGGCGUGAACUGGAAAUGGUUCUAA